CAAACCAAACCAACCCCCCCGUGAAGGCGUGAACCCCCCAACCAACUCUCACCCUUGACUUGGCCUCCCCUUCUCUCUCGGCCUGACCAAACCAAACCCAACCCUCCCUAACCAUUUCCUCCUCUAUUCUCUCUCUCUCACAGCCUCUACCACCACCAUGGCCCCCGACCAAGACGACGCCGUUCUCCCCGAGGGCGACCUCUCCUCCUCCUCCCAAGACGACGAGGAAGAAGACGACGUCGUUGACGAGGACGACGAUGACGACGUCGACGACGACGAUGACGUCAUCAACUCCGCAUCUCCUUCCUCCACCUCCAAUUCCCUCCCCGUCGCCAUAGCCACCGCUCCUCCCACCGUCACCGUCGCGCUCCCGGCUCCGCUCGCCACAACCGCGCCGGCGACGACCACGACGACGGCCGUGAUUUCCGAGGGUUUGGAUCCGAAGCGGCCGCGGACGAUUCAGUACGACCCGGUCUUGCUGCCGCUGGCGGCGCCGGAGGAGAAGAAGCCGGCGGCGGCGCUGGACGACUCGAGGAGGCUGUUCCAGCGGCUGUGGACGGACGAGGACGAGAUCGAGCUGCUUCAAGGGUUUCUGGACUACACGACACAGAGGGGGAACAAAAGCGGGUCGCACCAAAACGACACCGCUUUGUUCUACGAUCAGAUCAAGUCGAAGCUCCAGCUGGAAUUCAACAAGAACCAGCUGGUGGAGAAGCUCCGGCGCCUGAAGAAGAAGUACCGGAACGUUCUCAACAAAAUCGCCAGCGGCAAAGAGGUCAGCUUCAAGAGCCCUCACGAUCAGGCCACCUUCGAGAUCUCCAGGAAGAUAUGGAGCAACAUCGGCCGUAUCGGAGUUGGUGGCGCCGACGACAACGACGACGAAGAUCCUAACCCUAACCCUAACAAUCCCAAUUUCAACCAUUACGAGAUCAAGACCGAAGAGGCCACUGGAUUUCAAAAGUCCACGCCGAAAUCGCGGAAGCGCCAGCGGCCGCCGGCGCAGCCUAAAACGCCGAGUUUCGUCGAGCCGGCGGUGCCGGUGAUCAAGGAGAAUCAUCACAAUGUGAACAAUGGCGGUGGCGUUGUUGGUGGUGGGAGUAAUUGUGGAAAUUGUAAUGUUCAGGGGAUGAUUGAGGAGACUGUGAAGAGUUGUUUGUCUCCUGUGUUGAGGGAGUUGAUGAGCAGUUCAAUGGGUGGAGGAGGGCCGUCUAGAGGGUUUGGAGGGCUGUCGUUGAAUCCGAUUCCGCUGAGCUUUGGCGGUCCUUCGAUGAGUUUGAAUUUUGGGGGUGGGGAAGCGGCGGAUGAGCAGUGGAGGAAGCAGCAGAUUUUGGAGUUGGAGGUGUAUUCGAAGCGAUUGGAGUUGGUGCAGAAUCAGAUAAAAGUGGCAUUGGAUGAGUUGCGGUCCACAGGAGGAGGAGGCUGAUAUUCGGGGUGGCGGCUUCAAUUGAGGAGAGGCAGGCAGGCAUUGGAGUAGUAAGUUUGAAUUUUUGUUCAUAUAAAUUGCAGCACCGCAGCUGGAAUUCGCAGUUUCGAGUUUUUUUUUUUUUUAUUGUCUUUGCUGAUUUGAUAGAACAGUUGUUGAAUAAUGAGUUCUGAUGAUUGUUUUAGUCUUUGAUAGUUUUGUACUUUUGUUCAUAGUCUUUAGACAUGUGUAGAUAAUUGAUGAAAUAAUUUAUAGAUGAGAAAGUUUCCUUUCUUUCC